AAAGCACAGAGUGUACAAUAUGAACUUCCUAAAUAACCCUAAUGUCCAUUUUGAUAAAAGCAGUUCUCCAAGUUUUAAACACGCCGUUAAACUUCGUUCCAUUCUACACCCAUACUUCUAGCUUGGGUGUUCUUCAGUGGGACGAAGAGUCGGAAGAGACAUAUACUGAAAUCAUAUAAAAAAAGUAAGGAGCUUGUUCUUCGGUGGAUUUUAGGAAGUAGGACGAAGAAACAUACUUAUAAACCCUAGCAAAUUCUUUGUUUCGGGCAGCUCGAUUCAACCAAUGGAGUUGCCAAUCCUUCAAUUUGAAGAGAAAAUCAUAGAGACCAUUGCGAAAAAUCCAGUUACGGUGCUUAUUGGGGAGACCGGAUCAGGGAAGAGUACCCAGCUCUCGCAAAUGCUUCACAGAAGGGGAUACACCAAAACCGGCAUGGUGGCUGUUACUCAGCCUCGACGGGUCGCAGCUGUUACUGUCUCCAGACGGGUUGCGGAGGAGCUUGGUGUUGAACUCGGACAGGAAGUCGGCUAUGCCAUCCGAUUUGAAGAUAGGACCUCUGAGAAGACACUCAUCAAAUACCUUACGGAUGGGGUCCUUUUACGUGAAAGCCUAUCAGAUCCCGAGCUAAAUCAAUAUUCAGUCAUUAUUCUAGAUGAAGCUCACGAAAGAAGUUUGAAUACGGAUAUACUGCUGGGCUUAAUGAGAAGAUUGAUUAAACUGCGCAAAUCUAACUUGAAAGUAUUGGUCACUUCAGCUACCCUGGAUGGUGAGAAAGUAUCCAAAUUCUUUGAUGACUGUCCAGUGCUCAAUGUACCGGGGCAACUAUUUCCAGUUCAAAUACUACACAGCCCAGAAAAACCCAAGAACUAUGUGGAGGCUUGUUUAAAAACAGCUCUUGAUAUACAUUUAAAAGAACCAGAAGGCGAUGUCUUAAUAUUUAUGACUGGACAGGAUGACAUUGGCAGGUUGGUGUCUAAGUUGGAGGAUAAAAUCCGGAGCCUUGAAGAAGGUUCUUGUAGGGAUGCUAUAGUGCUUCCUCUUCAUGGAUCCUUGGCACCUGAAAUGCAGGUUCGUGUUUUCAACCGUCCACCUCCAAACUGCCGGCGAUUUAUUGUUGCUACAAAUAUUGCUGAAACUUCUUUGACCGUUGAUGGUGUUGUUUACGUUAUUGACGCUGGGUACGUGAAGCAACGGCAGUACAACCCAUCAAGUGGCAUGUAUUCACUAGAUGUUGUUCAAAUUAGCAAGGUGCAAGCCAAUCAACGUGUAGGACGCGCUGGCAGAACUCGACCUGGAAAAUGCUACCGUCUGUAUUCUUCUAUUAUUUACCAGGAUGAUUUUUUGGAUGCUACAGUCCCUGAGAUACAGAGGUCUUCCCUUGCUGGAGCUGUUCUGUAUUUGAAGUCAUUAGAUCUCCCUGAUUUGGAUGUUCUAAAUUUUGAUUUCCUUGACCCCCCAUUAGUUGAGUCUUUAGAAGAUGCCCUGAGACAAUUAUAUCUGAAUGAUGCUAUUGAUGAAAAUGGUUCAAUUACAUGUCUUGGACGAACCAUGGCUGAACUUCCACUAGAGCCUUCUUUGUCGAGGACCUUAAUAGAGGCCAAUCAUUUAGGUUGCUUAUCUCAAGCUUUGACAGUUGCUGCUAUGUUAUCGGCGGAAACAAAUUUGCUUCUUGGCCCUAGCAGGAAUACUACUGAGAAGAAGAGGAAACAAGCUCCAUCAAACCUUCCUGAUGGAUCUGGGUGGGGUGAUCAUAUCCAGCUACUUCAGUUAUAUGAGCUAUGGAGUCAAACUGAUUAUAGCAUAGACUGGUGUAAUGAAAAUAACUUGCAGGUACGAGGAAUGAUGUUUGUAAAAAACGUAAGGAAACAGUUGACUCAAAUAAUGCAGAAAAUGCCCAAAGAGUCUUUGGUUGUCCAAACAAGUAGAAGGCACAAAGAAAGUGAACAAGACUACAAAAAUUUGCGGAAAGCUUUAUGUGCAGGGUAUGCUAAUCAGCUUGCAGAGCGAAUGAUUCAUCAUAAUGGCUAUCGAACUCUUGGUUUCAAGUCUCAGCUGGUUCAGGUCCAUCCAUCUUCAGUAUUGAAAGCAGAUGAUGAUGGAAUGCUCUCAAAUUAUGUGGUAUAUCAUGAGCUAAUAUCCACAACACGCCCGUAUAUGCGUAAUGUGUGUGCAGUUGAGAUGCAAUGGGUUUUGCCUGUCUUGGAAAGACUUAAGAAUCUUAACGUAAAAAAACUAAGUGGUGGAUCCUAUCAGAGGGAAGAGUUAAUCGAAGAAACACGGUCAGGUUUGGGAAGAGAAGAUGCUGCCACUCAUGCUGAACCCCCAGAGGAGCUUGACAACAGGAUUCAAGCUGCGAGGGCACGUUUUCUGGCCCGCAAAGCCCAGAAAUAGAAGGGUUUGUCUGAAAAUGAUGGUAUGAUCCUGGGUUAACUGCAGGAUUUACCAAACUAAGUAGGAAUUCAAUAGUGAGAAAAUAGAAUUCGAACUAAUAGUUUAUGCACAAAGAAGAAAUGAUCAGACAAAAGCAUGAAGAAGAUGAACGUUGUCCUUCAACUACAUCAGGGAACUGGUCAUAUACACAGAAGGAAAGAAGCUAUUUAUUAUAACAAACUAGAAGACUAGUCUGUUAAAUAACUAUUCUAAAUAUUUAUUAACGGACAUUCCUCCCUGAAGAUGCAAUUUCACCGUCUAAGUAUGAGCUCAUAACAAAUGACUUAUUGACCAGACGUGCCUAUUUGAUGUCAAUGGAUUGUGCAGUUGUGGUUCUCCAGAGCUGUUUAGAGGGAGGCGUACAUAGAAAUCAAUUCAGACUACACUCUACACAUGUGCCUUAUGCCGUUGGUUACAUGUUGGUAUCCCCAGUGGAUGAUGUAGGUUCAAAGGCAGAUUAUGAGAUUGAAGUGAACUAAUAGAAAUCCUGGUUUGAUGCUACUUUGUUACAUCUCUAUAUCAGAGAUAAAGAGCCAAGGGUCAAUCAGUUAUUGUAAUUAAUACCUGUUAUUGUAUUAAGUAUUUUUAUUGUGAUUAUUAUUAAUUGAUAAUAAAAUUUGAACAUUUCUCCCGAUCAAGGGUCUCUUAAUUCAUUUGUGUAUUUAAAGAAUAAUUAGACGAUGAUUUGUGUUUGAUUAU